UUAGGUGGAAAAAAGAGAGAGAGUGAAAAUGUCUGCGCGUGUGCCGAAGAAAGGGGGGAAGAAGCUGAUUGCGGAAAGUGCGAAGAAAGGCGAUAAGAAGCGUAAGAAGAGUCGCAGAGAGUCGUACUCGAUUUAUGUUUACAAGGUGUUGAAGCAGGUUCAUCCGGACACGGGCAUUUCUUCGAAGGCCAUGAGUAUUAUGAAUUCUUUCGUGAGCGAUCUUUUCGAGCGCAUCGCUGCAGAGGCGUCGCGCUUGGCGUUGUACAAUAAAAGGUCCACUAUCAGCUCUAGAGAGAUCCAGACGGCGGUCCGCCUGCUCUUGCCUGGGGAGUUGGCGAAGCAUGCUGUGUCGGAGGGCACUAAGGCUGUCACCAAAUAUACCAGCUCUAAGUAAAGCUUUGCGUGCUAUGGCUGUGCUAAAGUGAAACCAUCCACCGAAUUAAGACCCAAAGGCCCUUUUAAGGGCCAC